UGGGAACAAGUGCAGAUACUCCAGGAGGCACCAUGCAACUGCUGAUAUUCCCUGCUCUGCUUCUUCUCAUUUCCACCUCGAAUGGAUAUAAUACAUCGAUCACCAAUGGCACUUUUAACCCCCUUGUUUAUUCUGCGAUAAUAGAUCUACCUCCAUGUAACUUCUCCAACCAGAUCGCAACGGUUAAGAUACAGAAUGAUAGCAUCGACAUCACCAAGAACUUCACUGUGCCACAAUGUCGUAUAAAGCGGGACCUUAUCGUAGUUAGUGAUUCUACAAACGGCAACGUUGCCACCGUAAAUGUGGGUUACCAAAUCAUAAACUUGAGUAAGGACACCGACUAUACUGUUUGGUAUGAAAUUGGAGGAGAGCCUUUCAGUAACGUUACUUUCAAAACUCAACCUUGUAGCUUUCAUCCUUUUGGAGAAGAACAGAGUUGUCAGAACAGCUCUCUGGAGCAUAGCUACAUCGGUGUACAGGAUCACAGACUAGCUGCUGUCGCACAGAAACAGCGCCACGCCUGUGCACAGGUUGUGUUUGUGUAUGACAUUCCAGACGUAUUUCGUCGUAGCGGUGGAAUGGUGGUGAUUACCGUCUUAUUAUCCAUCGCCAUGUUCCUGCUCGUUGGUGGACUGAUCGCUGUGGUGGUGUUGGGUGGCCGAGGCUCAAAAUAAGCUCUCAAAGAUGUUCCCUGCCGAUUUUAUCAUGGAGAACAAGGAGCCUCCCUCCUUCACGGAGGCUCGCCACUUCUGGAACUGUGGUGGCGUGUGAAAUAAAGACGACUCCAUAGGGCAAUGUAUUCCUACUGUAAAUAGUAUUUGAUAGGAAUGAUCCCACAACGUAUAGCUCUCUGGGAUAGGGAAUCUUACUAUUUUGUAUAAAUGAGUGGAUGAAGAGCUUUGUUGCUCAGACCUUUAAAGGGCUUGUCCCCCUCGAAAAACAUUCUACAUUUUUCAAACCAGCAACUGGAUCUGAAUACUUUUGUAAUUGCAUGU